AUGCAGUCGCUUCACAUCAACCAUUUCCUCAGUCUCCAGCGCCCUGAUGUCUUCGCUCCCGCCGCCGCCGGCAUCCCCGAUGUGUCGACCCUCGCGGCCCAUGACUUCGAUGUAGACACUCGCACUGGGUUCAUGCCGCCCCAACCCCCGAUCGCCCGCCUACCCGCCGCAUGGGAGCUCUGGGAGGCCACGCUCGACGAUGCCAUCAACAGCAAGCUCGAGCUCGUUGAUAAGCCUGGUAUUUCGCAAGAUGACGAAGAGCGUUCGGCGCAUUGGCGGAGCUCGGUCCGAAAGCUGCCCAUCCUUUGUACUGAGGAAGUCAAGGCAUCCGAGAUCCUUCUCCGUCGCGGGCACUGCGUGCUGGCCUGGAUCAUGCACUUCUACGUGCACACGACGCCGGUCUCGGAGAUGAGCAUCCACAUCCCAGCCCCCGUCACGGUGCCGCUCCUUCAGAUCUGCGCACAGCUCCAGUUGCCGCCUGUUCUCACCUACUCGGACGACGUUCUCUACAACUGGGCGUUCAAGACCCCGCCCGCAGCCAACACCCACUUCGAGCCCAAGAAUGAGCUAUACAACCUCCGAUGCAACACGCUUUUCACCGGCUCGACCGACGAGGAGGAGUUCUAUCUCUCGUCUGCGCGCAUCGAGCUCCGCGGCGUGGAAGCGCUCUCGCUCAUGCGCGCGAUCAUGGACGAGGCCUUCGUCAACGACGCGAUCGCCCACCGCCGCAUCACGUCGUACCUCACCGAGCUCGCGGGCGUCGUCCGCCACUGCCGCCAGUUGCUCGGCGCGGUCCGCGAGGGGUGCGAUCCCAGCACGUUCUACCACGAGAUCCGCCCCUGGUUCCGCGGCUGCGACUCGGACACGCGCGGCCGCCGGUGGGUCUUCGACGGCCUCGAGCUCGACCCGAGCCUCGAGGUGCCCACUGAGCUCUCGGGCCCCAGCGCGGGCCAGAGCUCGAUGAUCCACGCGCUCGACAUCUUCCUGGGCGUCGAUCGCUACUCGCACUCGAACUUCAAGGCCGCCACCGCCGCGCCAGCGACCCCGCCUGCAUUCCCGCCCCCGCUCCAAGCGUCCUCCAGCUCGUCGUCGUCGUCGUCGUCGUCCUCAUCCUCCUCUCCUUCGCACGCCGCGACCCCCUUCCUCACACGGAUGCAGAAGUACAUGCCGCGCCACCACCGCGCGUUCCUCCGGCACCUGCACACGAGCCCGCGCCCGCUCCGGCAGCUCGUCGAGGCCGCGAACGACGACCGGCUGCGCGCCGCAUACGACGAGGCGGUGACCGCGCUCAAGGAGUUCCGCGACGAGCACGUCCGGAUCGUCGCGCUCUACAUCAUCGUGCCCGCGCGCCAGGGCCAGGGCGCGGCGGUGAGCACCGGGGCGGGCGUGCCGAAGGGCACUGGCGGCACGGACGCGUACCAGUUCGUCAAGGGCGUGCGCGACCAGACUGCGGGUGCGAUCAUGGGCCCUCGAAGGGUGUGA